GCUGGCGGAGGAGUGGUGGAAGGUAUAAAGCCAAUAAGUCGUUAGCGUCGCCUGAUUAGUAGUAGUUUAGUGGCGUACUAGCGAGGUAGAGCAGAUCGAGCAGGAAAAAGUGCGUGAUUUUACGGGUGUUGGCUUGAUUCUAGCUGAAAGUGAAGAACACCACAUUGCUCUCAAAGUCAAAAGCGGCAAUCAUCACACCCCAAAACCCACCAAUAACCACAUAUUAGAACAGAAUGAAAUCGCUCGGUCUGAUUGUGCUCGGUGUUGCCGCCCUGAUGGCCACCGCUUCCGCCCAGAAGUACACCGACAAGUUUGACAACAUCAACGUGGACCAGGUGCUGAGCAACGAUCGGAUCCUAAACAACUACCUUAAGUGUCUGCUCGAAAAAGGACCCUGCACCCAGGAGGGACGUGAACUGAAAAAAACCCUCCCGGACGCCCUUCGCUCCAACUGCGAAAAGUGCAGCGAAAAGCAGCGAACCAACUCGCGCAAGGUGAUCAGCCAUCUGGAGGCGAAGAAACCGGCCGAAUGGAAGAAACUGCUCGACAAGUACGACCCGGAGGGUCUCUACAAGAGCAAGUUCGAGAAGAUUAACAAGCGACCCUAAGCUUCGGCGCAGACGUGAUAUUUCUCGCGUGUGUUGUCCCUACUACCGACCUGAUGGCAGCGGGUGGCCUAUUAUUUGUGAUAGAUUCGAAUCACUCCGAUUGUGCGAGUGACAACGAAAGUUGUUUCGAGGGUCAGCAACAUAGAAGCAGUAUUUCAGUUGGGGGAAGAUAAAUGAAGGCAUUUUGAAAUCGCGAAUGACAAACCUUAUUUGGUACAACAUUGGCAUACAAUGUAUAAGUAGAAAUUAGAUAAGUGUAAAUUUCUGUAAAUUUAGAAACCAAUUAAGUUAGCAAUAGUUGUUUGACAAAUAAUAAAAGUUUACUGAAUUUAUAA